AUGCUCCUGGCUGCUUUGUACUGCCUGCUGUGGACUUUCCAGACCUCUGCUGGCCAUUUCCCUCGAGCCUGUGCCUCCUCUAAGAACCUGAUGGAGAAGGAAUGCUGCCCACCAUGGGAGGGUGACGGGAGUCCCUGUGGACAGCUUUCAGGCCGGGGUUCCUGUCAGGACAUCAUUCUGUCCAAGGCACCGCUUGGACCUCAGUUCCCCUUCGCAGGGGUGGACGACCGGGAGUCUUGGCCCUCCGUCUUUUAUAAUCGGACCUGCCAGUGCUUUGGCAACUUCAUGGGAUUCAAUUGUGGAAAUUGUAAGUUUGGCUUUUGGGGACCCACCUGCACAGAGAGGCGACUUUUGGUGAGAAGAAACAUUUUUGAUUUGAGUGUCCCAGAGAAGAACAAAUUUCUUGCCUACCUCACUUUAGCAAAACAUACUACCAGCCCAGACUAUGUCAUCCCCACAGGCACCUAUGGCCAAAUGAAUAAUGGAUCAACACCUCUGUUUAAUGACAUCAACAUUUAUGACCUCUUUGUCUGGAUGCAUUAUUAUGUGUCAAGGGACGCACUACUUGGGGGCUCUGAAAUCUGGAGAGACAUUGAUUUUGCUCAUGAAGCACCAGGUUUCCUGCCUUGGCAUAGACUCUUCUUGCUGCUGUGGGAAAAAGAAAUCCAGAAGCUCACAGGGGAUGAGAACUUCACUAUUCCAUACUGGGAUUGGCGAGAUGCAGAAAAUUGUGACAUUUGCACAGAUGAGUACAUGGGAGGGCGCAACCCUGCAAACCCUAAUCUACUCAGCCCAGCAUCCUUCUUCUCCUCUUGGCAGGUCAUCUGCAGCCAAUUGGAGGAGUACAACAGCCGUCACUCUUUAUGCAACGGGACGUCCGAGGGACCGAUACUGCGCAAUCCUGGAAACCACGACAAAGCCAGGACCCCAAGGCUCCCCUCCUCAGCUGAUGUGGAAUUUUGCCUGAGUCUGACCCAGUAUGAAUCGGGUUCCAUGGAUAAAGCUGCCAACUUCAGCUUUAGAAAUACACUGGAAGGAUUUGCUAGUCCACUUACUGGGAUAGCAGAUGCCUCACAAAGCAGUAUGCACAAUGCCUUGCACAUCUACAUGAAUGGAACUAUGUCCCAAGUACCAGGAUCUGCCAAUGAUCCCAUUUUCCUUCUUCAUCAUGCAUUUGUUGACAGCCCUUGUAGGCAAGCUGAUGAAGAUUCUGGGGAUGGAGAGGGAGGAAAAAGCAUCAUUAUAAAGAAGGAUAGAGACCUGCGGAUUGCCACAAAGUACUGUAGCAUCUGAGCUUUCCUCUCAAGUCUCUUCUUAUAGAGAUGCAUUUCUUCAAUCAGAUGGUCUUUUCACUGCUGUUCAGUUAUUCACAAAUAUAUUUAUUGAGCACCUACUAUGUGCUGAGUACAUUUGCCUGAAUAUUCCACAUUCAUUGUUGCUUCUAUGCAUUGCAUUUACCAGACUCCAAAUCUGGAACAUAUUUUCCUUGACUUAAUUAAUUUCUAUACAAUCUUCAAGACUAGUUUCAAUUUUUAGCUCUUCCAUGAAGAAUGACCAUGCCUAUAUAAAAACAUUUCUCUCAUCCAAGGGUGUGUUGGUGCCAGCCCAAAUUGGCUAGCAAGAUUGAAUUAUGUACAUAUUUUCCCAACUUUGCAUUCAGUGACCUCAGGCUGUAGCUUGAAACCAGUAUUGGUAGGAGUAUUUACAUCAGGAAACUGCCAAGUGCUACAAAUCAGAGCUUUCACUCUGAGAAAGCUGCUUGUUAAAAUAAUGGCCGGCAUACAGCUGCUCCCAUCUGUUAACUCACAUCACUUUCUCUCUCUACUUCUUAUUUUGGACACAUCAUUUAUAUCGUCCUUAUUGAUUAUGUGCUUUCCUUACUGAUUAUUUGUGCUUUGUCUCUAUGACUAAUCUCUGAGCUACUUAAUGGUGGGACCCAUGCCUUGAAUUCUAUUUGCUUUUCUCACAAUGUUUUCUUUAGCUUGUAAUUAGUAGAUGUGUAAUACAUUUCUAUCAAAUGAAUAAAUGAUUGAAAACAAUCUUAGCAAGUUACAUUUAUCAUAGCUACAAAGAAAACAGCAGAGAAAUCAUUUUAACUAAAAAAAACUUUUUGCAAGUCUUGUAAAACACAAAUCAUUCAAUGCUGUAAACACGUUUUAAGAUUUAGCAUGUUUUAGAUUUAGCAAGGUCUAGACUAUUAGACCUUGUUUUAGGCACUGAUUAAACAGAAUAAUGAGACAAGAUCACUGGCUUGAAAAAGCUUAGUCUAGUGGGAAAUACAAACAAGUAAACAACUAUAGUACAUUAUAAUUCACGCAUUAGUCAAAGGAGACACUCUUGGAAAGCUACAUAAAAAGGAUGAUAUAUGAACUGAGCCCUGAACAGCAGCAGGCCUA